UAAAAUCAUAUGAUUGUCAAAUUGUCAUGUCAAAGUUAAGUGUCAAGGAAGUUAACCAUGGUAUUUUUAAACUAAGAAUGCUGCGUAAUUUACAAAAUUUGUUAUUAUCAACCUCGAUCCGAAUUCCACAGAUAUGUAGUCGAAAUUUUACUUCCACAGAAGUUUCUACUGCUUUGAGACCUUUUUAUUUUUCUGUUCAUCCCGAUUUAUUUGGACAAUACCCUAGUGAACGAUCUAUAAAUGAAACUUCUUUGCAACAGUUAAGUUCCAUUUUAGAAAAUAUUCAAGCUUCUAAACCUGUUAGACCAGCUAAUUUAAGUUUUUAUAUUAAAGACAAAUCGAACAAAAACGUAACUUUUCGUCUAAUAAAAAUCAGACUCAAUGGCAAUGAUAUCCGUUCAACAUUAACUACAAUAUUGAAAAGUUGUGGACUUCCUACUGAUUAUGUUGAUAGUAUUAUACCUCCACCUCAAGUUGUACAGAAUUACAAUAUGAAGGUUAAAUAUGCCAAUGAUAUUGAUUUUACUAAAAUGAAUGAAAACCAUCCAAUUUAUGCACAUGUAAAAAUGCAAAGAGAUAUUAAGGAAGCCCAAGAAAAUUUAAAACUAAAUAAUUAUCUAGCAAAGAACUUUUCGGAUGCUUUAGAAAAGUCCAAAAAAGGUGAUAUUCAUAGGGAGGAAGCAAUAAGGCUGCAAGAGAUUAUAACCGAAAAAUUACAAGUAAAAGAACUUCGCUGGGAUUGUCAAUGGAAUGACGAACAUCGUAAAGGCUGUUUGUUUAGUUUUGAUUCUUUGAUUGAACAACACCCUAUUAUUAAACAAAUUUUGAAAGGGAGAAUUCUAGUAUUUACAUCUUUUUUCACUGGUGUUAGUUUAGAUGGCCACAUCAUGCUCAACAGCGGCGAAGUGCGGCAUAACUGGUUAGAUUUUAUCCAAAAUAUCGACAGAUACGAUGCGGCUUUAAGGAGAAUACCAGCUUUUGAAAAAUCUUUGUCUCAUGUUUUAAGAAAAAUCAAAGUUGGUCGUAGAAAGUUUAUGCCAAAAAUAGUAGCUGGUCAAUAUGAACAAAAUCUUAGGCAAAUAACAACUUCGUUAAGUGAUUAUGUGGGUGGAAAACCAUUUCCAAAAGAAUGGCCUUUAACUUUGGAAGGUUUUGAGAUUGUAGUUGAAACUGAAGCUGGACCUCUUAUGGUUUCUCCCACUGGACAGUUUAUUGUACCUGCUACAAUACCAGGAUCGCUUUUGGUUAACUUUAUAACUAAUAAUUUAGAAGAUGCUAGUCAAAAAAUAACGGAUUACAAAAGUGACAAACAUUUAGAACGUGCCUUAGUGAAAACGUGUAUGGAAGAAUUACAGCUCGAAAUACUAGUCAAAGAGGACAAUAUAACUCCUGACCUCAUGAUCAAAUGUUGCAACAAAUUAUUAGAUAAUAAAAACUUUAUUUCUCCUUAUACCAAAGAUCUCCGAUUAAAUAUAUCAACUUACUAUUCAGUUUUAUCUGAUGGAUUGGUUUGUAUACCUUGGAAUUUCAUUUUGUGAUUUAAUUAAAAUAAUUAUUGUAGAAUUUAACUAGUUUAUCUAAUAAAGUU